UUGCAAUUUUGUCAUUUGGUGUUAAAUAUUUUCAAACGAGUUGGAAAAUAUUAAUUUGUGUGCGGAAGAUAUAUAAAUUUUAAGAAGUUUAUUGGAAAAUAACGUCUACGCAAUAUACUUAUUGGAGGAACUGAAAAGUAACCAACAACUACAAUGACGCUAACAUCCGCCGCUGGUAUCAUCUCGCUAUUGGAUGAGCCAAUGCCUGAUUUGAAGGUAUUUGCCCUGAAGAAGCUUGAUAACAUUGUAGACGAAUUUUGGCCAGAGAUUUCGGAAUCAAUAGAAAAAAUUGAAAUGCUCCAUGAAGAUCGUUCGUUUCCUGAAAACAAAUUAGCAGGCAUGGUAGCUUCUAAGGUAUUCUAUCAUUUGGGAUCAUUCGAAGACGCAUUAACCUACGCCUUAGGCGCUGGAGACUUGUUCGACGUAAAUGCUCGCAAUGAAUAUACCGAAACUAUAAUUGCCAAAUGUAUCGAUUUUUACAUUGCGCAAAGAAUAGCAUUCAUUGAAAAUCCUAAAGAAGCCAAGGCCGUUGAUACACGCCUAGAAGCCAUUGUCAACCGUAUGAUCCAACGAUGCUUAGAUGACGGUCAAUAUCGUCAAGCUUUGGGUAUUGCAUUGGAAACGCGUCGUAUGGAUAUUUUUGAACAAUCUAUUAUGAAGUCGGAUGAUGUUGCUGGCAUGUUAGCUUAUGCAUACAAUGUCACUAUGUCUUUGAUUCAGAAUCGUGGAUUCCGCAAUGAAGUACUGCGUUGUUUAGUAGGCUUGUAUCGUGAUUUGGGUGUACCAGACUACGUAAAUAUGUGUCAGUGCUUGAUAUUUUUGGAAGAUCCUCUGGCUGUCGCUGAAGUACUAGACAAACUAACUCGCUCCUCAGUGGAAGGAAAUAAUUUAAUGGCAUAUCAAAUUGCCUUCGAUUUAUACGAAUCUGCAACACAAGAAUUUUUAGGAAAAGUUCUGCAAGCACUAAAAGAAACAGCACCAAUCCCAACGGCUUUGCCGUCCACAUUUAAGCCACAGGGCACAAAUUCUACAAACACUGAAGAUUCAACUAAAACCGCCAGUGAUGAUAAACCAAAAUCGGAAGAUACCGCAGGUGAUGCAGAAGGUGAUGCGAAAAUCGAGAGGACAAUUGAGUCUUUAAAUGACUCUGAAAAGGCUCAUCAGAAAAAUAUCGAGAAACUUAUCUCCAUUUUAUCCGGAGAAGUCACUAUUGAUCUGCAAUUACAAUUUUUGAUUCGCAGCAAUCACGCCGAUUUGCAAAUCCUACGUGGCACAAAGGAAGCUGUCCGUGUCUCUAUUUGUCACACUGCUACCGUUAUCGCCAAUGCAUUCAUGCAUGCUGGUACAACAUCGGACCAAUUUUUGCGAGACAACUUAGAUUGGUUGGCAAGAGCAACUAAUUGGGCAAAGUUGACAGCCACAGCCUCUCUAGGUGUCAUCCAUCGCGGUCACGAAAAGGAUUCUUUAGGCCUUAUGCAGAGUUACUUGCCAAAAGAGACUGGUCCAAGCUCUGGAUAUUCCGAGGGCGGUGGUCUCUAUGCCUUAGGCCUGAUCCAUGCCAAUCAUGGUGCAAACAUCAUCGACUACCUUUUGCAACAAUUAAAAGAUGCUCAAAAUGAGAAUGUACGUCAUGGUGGCUGCUUGGGAUUGGGUCUUGCAGCUAUGGGCACCCAUCGCCAAGAUUUGUACGAGCAACUGAAAUUUAAUUUGUAUCAAGACGAUGCCGUUACUGGUGAGGCCGCAGGUAUUGCCAUGGGUAUGGUAAUGUUGGGCUCUAAGAACGCCCAAGCUAUUGAGGAUAUGGUUUCAUAUGCUCAAGAAACUCAACACGAGAAGAUUCUGCGUGGGUUGGCAGUUGGUAUCUCAUUGACUAUGUUUGCUCGCUUAGAGGAGGCAGAUCCCUUGGUAACCAGUUUAUCCACUGAUAAGGAUCCUGUAUUGCGUCGUUCCGGCAUGUACACCAUUGCGAUGGCAUAUAAUGGUACCGGCAGCAAUAAAGCUAUCCGACGACUAUUGCAUGUCGCAGUUUCUGAUGUAAACGAUGAUGUCCGUCGUGCUGCGGUAACUGCAAUCGGUUUUAUUCUUUUCCGCACGCCAGAGCAAUGUCCAUCCGUUGUAAGUUUGCUCGCUGAAUCAUAUAACCCACAUGUCCGUUACGGUGCUGCUAUGGCUUUGGGUAUUGCUUGUGCAGGCACAGGAUUACGUGAGGCAAUCGGUCUUCUGGAACCUAUGGUUAAAUUCGAUCCCGUUAACUUCGUUCGCCAAGGCGCCCUUAUUGCAUCAGCUAUGAUUCUAAUACAGCAUACCGACCAGACUUGCCCCAAGAAUAGUUUCUUCCGUCAACUGUAUGCCGAGGUGAUCAGCAAUAAGCACGAAGAUGUUAUGGCCAAGUUCGGUGCUAUUUUAGCACAAGGCAUUAUUGAUGGAGGUGGCCGCAAUGCAACGCUGUCUUUGCAAUCUCGCACUGGACAUACCAAUUUGCAAGCUGUUGUGGGAAUGCUUGUUUUCACUCAAUACUGGUACUGGUUCCCGUUGGCCCAUUCUUUGUCUUUAGCCUUUACUCCUACAUGCGUUAUUGGCUUGAAUUCGGACCUGAAAAUGCCUAAAAUGGAGUUCAAAUCCGCUGCAAAACCAUCUCUUUAUGCCUAUCCAGCACCAUUGGAAGAGAAAAAAUCGGAGGAGCGAGAAAAAGUGGCCACUGCUGUGCUCUCGAUAGCUGCCCGUCAAAGACGUCGUGAAAUUGCUGACAAAAAGGAGGAAGAUAGCAAGAUGGAGAUCGACGAGGACAGCAAGGACUCAAAGAAGGACGAUAAGAAAAUGGAUGUUGAUGAGAAGGUAGAGAAAAAAGAUGAUAAGAAGAAAAAAGAAGAAAAGGAAAAGAAAAAGGAGGAAGAAAAGGAUAAGGAUGUUGGUGAUAAAAAGAAAGACGAAAAAGAGAAGAAGGAAAAGAAAGAACCUGAACCGAACUUUGAGAUACUACAGAAUCCAGCUCGUGUUGUUCGUCAGCAGCUAAAAGUUAUCAGCGUUGCCGAGUCACAAUCCUAUAUACCCCUCAAAGAUGUUACCAUUGGCGGCAUUAUUGUACUGCAACACACCGGCAAAUCAGCGGAGCAAGAACUGGUUGAACCAGUGGCUGCCUACGGACCGAAGAAUGACGAUGCCAAGGAACCAGAGCCACCAGAGCCAUUCGAAUAUAUAGAGGACUAAAUGGGAAUGCUCUUUAUCAUUUUGUAAUUUUACUAUAACGUUUAAAAAUCAUGCAUACAUGUAUAAACAAAUACUUAUGUUCUGCGUUUCCCAUUCAAAGUAUAAUAAAAUCUAUAUAUAAUUUAACAAA